GCUUCAACUAAUACAGCUCGAUUACUCAUCAUAUUUUGCUGGCACGAUGGGUAUGGAUUCGGUUAUGAAGCCCGUAGGAGAGGAGGUAAAUGCGAAGAAAGAUGACACUGCUAAGGAUGAUUUGUCUGAGGAGGAUAAACAGCUGCAAGAAGAAUUAAAAAUGCUCGUUGAAAGAUUAGAGGAGCCAAAUCAGGAGCUACAUAAACCAGCUUUAGAGUCAAUGUGUACGUUAAUCAAGUCUUCCACGACUUCCAUGACAUCCGUGCCAAAGCCUUUGAAGUUCUUGAUGCAAUACUAUGCUCAGAUCAAGUCAUUUUACAACACCAUUGUUGACGUGACCACAAGACAACUUUGUGCUGACGUAGUAUCGGUUUUAGGCAUGACAGUGACAGAUCAACCCGAAACACGUUACGAUACAUUGACUUAUAGACUUCUUGGUUGUCAGGGUGAUAUAGGAGCAUGGGGCCAUGAGUACGUCCGCCAUCUAACAAAUCAAAUUGUUGGAAUAUGGCAGGAAAAAGAAUAUGAUUCACUGAUAAAUAAUCCAGAUGGUACCGAAGAGAUGAAAAAACACAGAGAACAGUGUCUUGCCCUCGUUCACCAAAUAAUCCCUUACUUGAUGGAACAUAACGCAGAGGCAGAAGCUAUUGAUCUAUGUGUUGAAAUAGAACAGCAUCACCUCCUAGAAUUGUACACAACCAGCCUGAAUUACUCUCGUGUUUGCUUGUAUCUUACGAGUUGUGUAGCAUAUCUCCCUACACCGGAUAAUACGAAAGUACUUCAGUAUGCAACUAUAUUAUAUCGUAAAUUUGAGGAUUUGGGUAAUGCUAUGCGUUGUGCUCUACGCCUAAAUGACAUGAAUUUAAUUCGCGAGAUAUUUUUGGAGUCUGGGAAAGUUAAGAAAGGUUCUCGUAACUAUGGUCUGCCGAUUCAACGUCAACUGGCGUAUCUUCUUGGUAGACAGAAUAUUGUACUACCAGAUGAAGAAUCUAUAGCAGAUGAUGAUUUAACAGAGAUGCUUUGGAACAUUAGAUUAUCAGAGCAUUUCUUAUCACUCGGUCGUGAAUUAGAUAUUAUGGAUCCGAAGUUACCUGAAGAUAUUUACAAAUCGCAUUUAGAGUCUGUUCGAACAACAUUAAAUUCUUCGGAUUCGGCCCGAGCUAAUUUAGCCGCUUCUUAUGUAAAUGGACUUGUAAAUUGUGGUUUUGGGAAAGAAAAGUUACUGCAAGAAACACCUAAAGAGGUACCAUGGUUGUGCAAACAGAAGGAAUUAGGUAAAAUGAGUACUGUAGCUACUCUUGGAUGGGUGCUUUUAUGGGAUGUUGAUACUGGCUUGUCUCAAAUUGACAAAUACCUUUACUCCGUCGAAGAUCAUACCCGAGCUGGUGGUCUAUUGGGUUGUGGGGUUGUUAACUGUGGUGUCAAAAAUGAAUGCGAUCCAGCAUUAGCACUUCUUGGAUCCUAUGUCGACUCUGAAAAAGAUGUACUUUCUCGUGCUUCAAUUAUUGGUUUGGGUGUGGCGUAUGCUGGUUCAUUGAAAGCAGAAGCUAUAAGUACACUUGUACCUGUUAUUCUGGAUAUGAAUACAGCAAGACUUCAGCAUGCCUGUUUGGCGGCUCUUUCUGUAGGCAUGAUUGCAGUUGGCUCACUUGAUGGUACAGUCACUUCUACCAUCAUACAGAGUUUAUUAGAAAGGCCUGCAAUUCAUUUGAGCAAUGUGUUCAGCAAAUUUAUGGCACUAGGUUUAGGCUUGACUUGUUUAGGUAGACAGGAGGAAGUGGAAGUUAUUCUUGCCUCAUUAGAAGCUGUAUCUGAACCAAUGAAAUCGAUGGCCCACAUGAUAUGUGACUUUUGUGCUUAUGCAGGUAGUGGUCAUGUAUUGAAAAUUCAGAAUUUGCUUCACAUACUUUCUGAAAAGUAUGAAGAGAAAGAAACUGGUGAAAAUACUACAUCAACUACUACCACUAAAACAAAAGAGAAGAAAGAAAAAUCAAAGGAUGCUCGUCGUGGAGGAACUCGAGGAAGGAGUCGUCGUAGUGGGGCAAACAGAUCUGGUGCAACUAAUGAUCAAACCACUGAAUCAAAUAAUGAUGCUUCUGGUCAACCAACUGAAGAAAACAGUUCUCCAGAAGAGGCAGAAGCAUCACAACCAUCACCUAUGGAUACAUCUGGCGUUGAAGAUUCAACACCACAAGAGGAAAGUACAUUUGACUUUCAUGCUCAUCAAGGUCUUGCUGUUUUGGGGGUUGCUAUAAUAGCUAUGGGUGAAGAAAUAGGUUUAGAUAUGGCCUUCCGAAUGUUUGGUCACCUUCUUCGAUUCGGUGAACCUCCAAUUAAAAGAGCUGUACCGUUAGCACUCGCUUUAUGCUAUGUAUCAAAUCCUCAAUUGAAAGUACUAGACACUUUAAGCAAGUUCAGUCAUGACUCAGAUGCAGAAUUAGCCUAUAAUUCUAUUCUAGCUAUGGGGAUUGUUGGUGCAGGGACGAAUAAUGCACGCCUAGCUGCAAUGUUACGUCAGCUCGCUGUAUAUCAUAGUCGUGAUCCACACAGUCUCUUUUUAGUUCGACUAGCGCAAGGUUUAACACAUCUGGGAAAAGGAACACUCACAUUAAGUCCAUGGCAUUCUGAUCGAUUUCUUUGUCGUCCUGUUGGUUUGGCUGGCCUCCUUACUCUACUGACUUGUUGCCUUAAUAUGAAGGAAACCUUUAUGAAUAAACAUGAUUACCUAAUAUUUUACAUCACACCAGCAAUUCAACCACGUCUCUUAAUGACUUUUGAUGAAGACCUGAAACCCUUACUUGUUACUGUUCGCGUUGGUCAAGCUGUCGAUGUUGUUGGACAAGCUGGAAGACCAAAAACAAUUACGGGAUUUCAAACACAUACAACUCCGGUUUUACUGUCUCAUGGUGAACGUGCAGAAUUGGCAACUGAUGAAUAUUUGCCAAUAACACAACUCCCCUUAGAAGGCUUUAUACUGCUUCGAAAGAAUCCUGAAUACGAAGAAACAAGUAAAUGAUUCUACAUGUAUCUGUAGUUGUUACACUGCAGUGUAAAGAAGAAAUGCAUUGUAGUUACGACUCAUUUCUUUAUGACUAUUUUUUCCAAAAUAAAGUUUUCGAACUUAUC